AUGGCGCACCAAGCCCACAACCUGCCGUGGUCCAUCCUCGUCGACUGCCUGUCGCUCGUAGACACUGGACCGCGCGGCACCCCACAACGCAUCACCGUAGUCGAGCUCUGCCGCCACCAAGACGACGGGGCGGUCCGCAAGCGCAUACGCCAUUUCGCCCGGGUCUUUGUCCGUACGCUGGCAGACUUUGCCGAGUCGGAGCGCACCAAAACCAAGUCGGGGACCAGACGCAACCCUGUCGAGCCCGAUGCCUACACCGAGGACGGCGCCGCCGGGCCCUUGAUACCGAUCGAGGUACACAGAAGCCUCGUGGCGGAUCCGGGCAGCUACUUUGGUCGCGAGGGGUCGGAAAAUACACUUCAGCGGCUCAACGAGGCACGGGAAUGGGGCGGCCCCGUCUACUAUGCUGAUUCUCGGGCCGCGGUUGUGAUGGCCUUGCUGGCGCACGGCGAGAUGCGCGUCCUCUUCCGCAUCGCCCGUCUGCGCACCCUCGAUCUCGACGAGAAGAGCUACCAAAUCACGUUGACGGGAGCCGCAUCCAACCCGAGCGAUCCCAUCGGCUGUUCUCCCCUGGCUGGCCUGUGGUCCAUCCGUGGCUACAUCGAGACCGGCUUCAUCAACGUAUGGACGGCCGCGCUCGAGGCGUACCUCUACUACAACGCCACCUACUGCCUGCCUCAGCUCUGGGCCGCCGGCGAUGCAGAGGGCCGAACGUCACAGAGAGACUAUCGAGCAAGCGCUUCAUUCUUCCGCGUCGUCGAGGACACUACCGGCCCGAGAGACGGCGACGCCUCUGCCUAUCCGCAUCGCGAGUUCUACGGCACAGCCUGGCAUGUGCCAGAUGGCUGCAAUGUCGAUGAGCAUCGUAAGCGCCUCGAUCCGCUCGAUACAUCCAACUCGGAGUGUCUGCAGCGGCUCAAGGAGUACCUCUCCAUGUGCUGGGACCACCUGGUGCGCGUCUACGCCGUCAUCACCGAAUCCGGGGCCAGCACCGAGUGGGAGGAAUAUAUCAUCGAAGCCAUUGAGCGCAUCUGGCACUAG